AUGGCGUGUAAAAAUAAUUUGAACAGAAAUUCGGUCGAAGGUUGCCCCGGCAUGCCUUGGAUGAUGAAAUUUGAGGAAGAAUGUUUGGCGUCGAACCAAUUAAAUGCGGCUUAUCAGAGCACCAAUAUUGACCACAUGAUGCGGUUAAACGUCGAAUCUCCGAGCAAACCUUGGAGACUUACUAAAAUAAUAAUAACUCUGGGCGAUAAAAAUUCGAAUGCAGCUGCUAUCAGUAGAAUUAUCAACGCUGGAGCAAAUGUUCUCAGGCUCAACAUGUCCCAUAAAGAUAAAGAUUGGCACUGCGACACUGUUGGUGCAAUUAGGGAAGCCCAGAAAUCACUGAAGAAUCAAAAGAUUCCGAACAAUACGAACGUUGCGGUUGCAUUAGCCGUCGAUCUUCGGGGGCCCGAGAUACGCACUGGUUUUUUCAACGGAGACUCGAAAUGCCGGGGUCGAGCCGUUUUUACGGAGGGUGAUGCUGUCACACUUUUAACGGACGAAAGGUCAAAGCGAGCUGGCGAUUCAACUGCUUUCUGGAUAUCUUGCUCGGAGCUACCGGCCAUCUGUGAAAAAGGCGACAGAAUAAUGCUCGAUCGUGGCACCGUUGGACUUCAAGUUUCUCGUAUUGACAAAUGCUCGAUCGAAUGCAUCGUAACGAAGGGUGGAACAGUGAGCGAUGGAAAAAGCCUCGAGCCCAUUGACACCGCCCUGGCUUUGCCAGACAUCUCCGAACAGGACGACUCCGAUAUCGAGUUCGCUACGAAUUCCGAAUCCGAUUUCAUCGUUGUGUCUCAUGUACGACGCGGUGAAACAAUCCUCAAGGUCAAGGAUCGAAUCAAAUUAGCAGACACUCGACCGAUCUGCAUUCUUGGAAAGAUAUCCUCGAAACAAGCCCUCGAUUCCAUUGAUGACGUACUCAGACAAGCUGACGGUAUUAUUAUCGAUCGUCGGUCCCUGGAACUCGGGGUUGGCGCGGAAAAGUUAUUCCUUGUGGAGAAGUCCAUCGUGGCCAAAUGCAACAGGGUUGGAAAACCAGUGAUAAUAGGAUUCAACAUUGUUGCUGGUGAAAACGACCGCGAGCCUAAAUUAGAUUCGAGUCUCAUUGCGAACGCAGUACUCGAGGGCAUCGAUGGAAUUUUUCUAGCUACUGGUUUCCUCAACGUCGAGGAAACGGUGAACCUUCUACAAAGCGUUAAACUCGUUUGUCGCGAGGCUGAGAAUGCCCGUUGGCAAAGACAGAUUUUCCAAGAGCUUUCGUACAAGGCAUCAAUCCCCUUGGAGCCUAGUCAUUCGAUCGCAAUAUCUGCGGUUCAGCUGUCCCUUAAAUGUAAUGCAUCUGGCAUAAUAGUGAUCACAACGACUGGUAGAACAGCCAUGAUGUUAUCGAUUUACCGACCUCGCUGUCCGAUCGUGGCCGUAACGCGUUAUGGGAUUGUCGCGAGGUGGCUGCAAUUGUAUUUUGCAGUGCAUCCGCUUCACUAUAUUGGUUGUCCAAUCGAGGAUUGGCGCAAGGAUAUGGACCAGAGGAUCCAGAGCGGGAUGAAAUAUCUUCGGACGAAUAAUUACGUUGAAGCAGGUGAGCCGGUGGUGAUAGUGAGCGGAUGGCGUUGCAGUAGCGGUUUUACAAACUGCAUUAGGGUGGUUUACGCCUCGCCUCGUUUCGUGCCGAACACGAGUCAAGAUUUCGAGGAGAUUUGGUAGCCAAGUAUGUUCAUGCUCAUCCCAUCAAUCACGCGGUCUCGCUCGUCGAUAACUUGGCUAGAAAAAUUGUGAAUUUUUUCAAUAGAAAAGAAGACGGAAACGUUGACUUUUAUGGACGAGCUAAGAAUCUCUGUGGGUGUUUUUUUCUUCAGGGCGUGCUUGAUAAAUACUUUGAAUGUAUCUUUCCCGUCAGUGUCUAUGUCAUGA